AUGCCGACCAGCAUGCUCGUCACCGGUCGUGCGAAGUCCGAAGACCAGCCUCCGAUGCCUCACACAGCAGCCUUCGAGUCCAAGAUCGGGCGAUGCGAUCCUGUCAUCGUCCGAUGCGGCUCCCAUGCGCAGCACCAGUUGACGGCCUCGUCGCCGCCCAUCCCCGUGUGGAAUCAGCAGCCCGCGUCGGGCGCUACACCAUCAGCAUCGCGGGGCAGUGGUGCCGGUAGCUACCCCACCAUGGCUCACACACCCGGCGCGUUCGCAGCGCAUGCACGCUCCAACAGCCUUGCAAACAGCCCCUCGGCACAUCGACGUGCCGGAGCCAUGGCACCCGUUCAGCAUGCAUCAUCGCCCUCCACCACCUCUGCUUCCAGCCGCCUUCACACGAAUACUCCCUUUCCCGGCACCGUCGCUGCGCCUCGCUCUGCCAUGCCUCCAGCAAGCGCAUCAGCACACCUCAGGUCGAUGCAAUACCUCUCUCGCCUCACAGAGCGUACACCAGCCUCUUUCGUGAAGCUGCCCUUUCCGUCAAACACCACGGUCCACUGGCUGCGUCUGCAGAAGCCCGACUCUCACCCGCCUCCCGAACUCGGUCAAGAUCACACUCAACCGGACACUGCGGCCCCCGCUGGAGCCACGUCCACUUCUACGAACCAGAGCCAAGGCAGGGACUCCGUAUGGACCAAUGCGGUCCACGAGAUCCUCGCCAACAGCAAGAACGUCCAAGCUGGAUCUCGCAACGACGACAAUGCUCAAACCACUCCGGACGACGCGUUUGAGCGGCUGGUGCGCAGAACCCUCGUCUACACAUCUGCCCUUCGUCCUGUCACUGCGGACAGCCUGGAUGCAUCAACGGCAGACUCGUCCAUCUACGCCUCUGCCUCAGAUCUCUGGCUCUUCGCAGCCGUCAACGAUGAUGACUCCGGACCGCCAGGCAAGGCAUCAUCCGCGGUCGGCCCCACAGCCGCAGCCACCACCACAAAUGCUGCUCAGACGCAGGGCAUCGCGCAAUCGGCAGGAGUCGACGGUGUCAUCCUCAACGCGGCUCAUCAGCAAACUACCCCCACAAACCCUACAGUCUCUUCGCUCCCCGCUGUGGCACGCUGGCUGCCCUCGGAAUCCGUCAAGGCGCUCGCGCGGCUCGUCGAGUUCGCCACCGUCGACGGGGGCUCCUAUCUGCUCUCAAGUGCAUGUCCUAGCUCCCGAGACAACAAAGGGAAGCAGUCUGUUCUGACAUCACAGCAGAACCAGGCGCAUCGCCGCUUCAUGGAAACGCUCAAGACGAGGGCGAUCAGUAUCUUUGCACAGGAAUCAUUGCCACCCUUCUCAUCGUCGCAUGCAGGCGAGUCAGGAACGAGCGCUUCCUCGACGUCCAGCCCUACGCUCCGUCGCCGUCUUCGCCUGGGUGAUUCGGUCAUCUUCCUACCACCGGCCGCAGACAUCGCCGCGCUUCCAUCACAGCUGCACGGCAAGUCAGCAUCAUCCCCACGCCAGGGUGCUCCCACGGUGUCGACCGAUCUUUAUUGCCUUGCGGCAGAGCUGCAUCUCUCACUGUGCAGAUCCUCUCUGCUCCUUCGCACCACCUCGCGUCGACUUGCCGCGCUACCGCUUGCCAGCACGCCCAGAGGCCAGCACGAAGCUCCGCCACUCCCACACGAAGCUCGCCCGCAGCUGCACCUGGCUCCGCUCGGACAAAGGGCCGAGCUUAUCCAUGUGGUCUCAUCCGACAGCAUCGCCAGCGACCAUCUGUCCCAACUCAGGCCGCUCUUCGCAUCUCUCGAUGUCGGCAGCGGCAAUGGCAUGAACAUUCAACCGGUCGAAAUGGACCUAUUCGCAAGCGGAAUCGCGGUGUGCGCUCUGCCGCCUGCCCUGGCCGAGGCGCAUGCGUCAGCAGGGCAUGCAAGCCAUCCGCUCGAGCAGACACAUGAAGCUUCCUUCGCCGCUUAUCCGCAUAUCCAGGCUAUCGACGACGACAUGGGCCUAGAUCUCCUCGACGCACCAGGCUUUGGCGAACAAACCCAGCGGCAGCAGCAGCGUAGCUCCGAAGACCGCCGCUUCUUGUGGCCCGUCUCGUUGUGCUUUGUUGCUCUCGACCCGCGCAGGGCUGCCUGGAGCUCCUCCUGGCCCGGUGCAUCUGCCACCAACGAUCUGCACACCAUCCGCAGCGAACCUGUCACUCCGCUCAAAGAGCUCGUCUCCUUCACCCUCAAGGUGCUCAACGACGCCAACGAGUCCGUCGCGGCUCAGAGCGCACCGCCCUUCACCCCAGGCGAGCCCGACGACGUCUCGCUCACGCGCCAUCGUGGCGAGCGCAUCUCCUCCGCUCGUCCUGGCAUCACUCCUGCCAGCAUGUCUUUCGCCGACUUUGACCUCGCCAUGCCUUCAGCUGCUUCAGUCACCCCGUCGCAGUCGCUUCCCACCGUGCCACGGACCGACUCCCAAACGUCGCCGGAGAAACGAGACCACGCUGGUGCCGAAGCUGGCCCGAGCACCAAUAGUGCGGAUCAACAGUUCGCCGACGAUCUCAGUUGGAUGGAUUUCCUGCCACAGGCUACUGGCGAGGUCCCUGGUGCUGCCGCUUCAGCAGCCGCAAUGCCGGCGUCGUCCGUCCCUGUUGGCUCUGCGCCGACUGCUGUCCCGCCAGCAUCGAGUACCGUUCCUGCCGCUCAGGCUGCAGGCGAAGUCAAAGGUCUGGACCUGGACCCUUCCGGCUCGAAUUGGGCCUUUGCGACCGGCCUCGAUGCCUGCGGUGACAAUGUCAACCAUUUGGAAGCCAAACAAGUUCCGGCGUCGCUGGCAGCUCCAGCUCUGCUACAGCCACAGGGACGCUUGCAUUCUUCCGGAUCGACGCCGUUUCAGGGCCAAGCUGCCACUCCGCUCAGCUUUGGGCAGACCCAGACGAAGCGCAAGGGCGAGGGCGAUAUUUUUGGAAACCUGGGAUUGCUGACCGAGGACGACUUUUCGUUCUUCGACGAGUCGGCGUUCGGUCUGGAGUCGCCGAGUGCCUUGGCCGGCGAGCAAGGGGCAAUGUCGUCGCACCUCGAUCCUUCGGGUGUCUCGCAAGCCGAUGUUUCUGCCAAUGCUACGGCUCAUCAGCAUGGAUUGGGGCGCGGUGAGACGAGCGCAAGGGAUCCGUCAGGUGGUGCCGCUGCGCAAGCAACGUCCAUGUCAGCCACGUCGGCUGGAAUCGGGGACGUCGAGAUGGAAGAUCUCGAGGCGACCAAUCUUGACGCGCUCUUCGGCGCCAUCCCCAGCAUGCAGGACGUGAUGGGCGCCGAGUCUUCGCAAAUGCGUGCGAGCGAGCCGCCGCCGCACAGUGCUGUCAGCGCCGCCGCAGCACCCUCGCAGAUCGCUGCGAGUGCAGCUGCUCAUGACACCGCUGGCGCGACUGCUGCGAGCUCCUCGCAAGCCAUGCCGCCCGUCACGGUCUCUUUUACGCCGCGAUCCGUUUCGGCAGCGACGCCCUUCGGCGAUCCAGCUUCCCUGCCGGGCUUCACGCCCAGCUCGCUGACGGAAAGCUCGCCGGCUUUUGGUGGUCAAGCUAAUCACAAGACGCCACGCACACCGUUUUCGCCGGUCGAGGAGUAUCGCGACGGCGCCGCGAUUGUCGGCUCGGAAGCCGGCAACCAUCACGCUGGCGAGUCGGCGCAACUAGACGGCCGAUACGCACAUCUUGCGCCGCAAGACCAGGCCGGCUUCCCAGCGGCGGCUGGAUCCAAGUUGGAGUCUCAGGAGGAUGGAGGACAGCUGCGCCUGGCGGAUGCGAGCUCGGCGGCCGCAGCGGCGGCGAAUGCUGCCAUGUCGACCGAUCCGACCAACAAGAAGCGGCCGGCCAUUGUCCCCAAUGCCUUCCUUCCAUUGGCACAGCCGCAGGCACGCAAGCCGUUGCAGAGGUUGACGAUGGGCGCGCGGGCCAACCUCGGGCGCAAGUACGACUUGUUCGGCAAGUUCGCCUCGCGGCCAAAGAGCACCGCAGUGCUCCAUGCCCUGCCCAACGCCGCCAAUGCGCUCUCGCCGGACCAGAAUGUGCAGGACGAAGGCAAGGGCGAUUCGGCGUCGUUUUCGUCGCGCUUUGCUCUGCGGCCCUCGCGAGCUUCGCCUCCGAAGGCGGUAGCUCGACGGGGCCAGGCACUUCUGCAGCUGCGUCGCGAUCGUAACAGCAAGAUGUCGCCGGGACAGGCUGUUGCGACGGGCGGACGCCAUGGUGGUCAACGUGGGCUCGAUGCGGCGUCCACCCCAAGGUCGAGCGACGACAUUGCGAUCGCUAGAAGGGCUAGUGUGUCGGAUAGCGACAGCUCGAGCAGCGAGGAUGACGACGAGGCGAGCGACGACGCGCACAGCGACUCGGACGUCACCGAGGUGACGCUCUCGCCAGAGGACCAGGAGUCGAUGAAGAGGUGCUCCAGGCACAUUGUCGCCUCGUACCUGUGCGGUGCAUCCGGCGCAUCGUCGGACGGUGAGGCGACGAGCUCGCAUCAGCGCGCUGCGCUGCUCAACCCUGCGACCACCUCUUCUCCCAUGCUGUGGCCCGGCUCAGCGGCGAUUGCAUCCUCGACAUACCCAACGAUCAAGCGGUCCAUGCUCUCAAGGACUGCGCGCUGGCUGCUCGAAAAUCCGCAGUUCCGGGCCAUGUUCAGCCGUGCGGUGGAUGCAGGCAGCGAUGGAUCGGACAUUGCCACGCGCGAAAAGCUCGAGGUGCUUGCAGCCAUGGCCUGUGCGCUCCGAAUCACUCACGGAAGCGAGAGCAAGCCAUCGACGCAGAGCUCCACUCAUUCUGACGGCUUUCUGGAGCAAGAGGCGCUUCCUACGCUGCAGGGUCUUGUUGUCAACGCGGCCUCGUCGCGUGCGGUUCAGGCGACCGAGGGCGACGUUGUGCAGGCGGAGGUGCUGGAACCGACGAGCAUCGCGGUGGGCUGUCAAGGCUCGGUGGUGGAGGCGCUGCCGUCGGCGUUGAGCCUGUGGGACAAGUCGAAGCUGUCAGCAGUCAGCGGGCACAAGCUCGUGGUGGCGAAAGUGCUGCUGACGCAUGCAUCUCCAGCGUGGCACGACGAGAUUGUGGCGUGGCUCGAGCGGCUGCGUGCUGCGUUCGAGGCGUAUGGGCUGGGCACCCACACUGGCUCGGCUGGGGCGAUCCUCGCUAUGGCGGACGGGAGCGAGCCACUGGCGCUGUCGAGCUACCUGGAGCGUUUGUGGCGCGACGGCGAUGCGUGGCUCGAUACGCUGCGUUCGAUCGCCAGCCGCGUGGAGAUGGACGUGCUGCAGGGCCGGCAUGUGGUGAUCUAUGCGCUGCAACCGCCCGGUUCGACGACGUGUGCGGCAUCAGGUUUUGGCGGGCUAUUGCAGCUCGAGGCGGAUCUGCGCGUGAUGCUUGCCGAGCAGGUGGGCGUGCUUGCGGAGCAUCUGAUUGUGCGCCCGAUCAGCCCAGCGAUGAUGACCGAGAGCGGCAGUCUGGGUUUCGGACAGCAGAGCGACGCGAUUCGCAGGCUGGCGUUUUCGGUGUACGACCAGCUGCCUCGACUGGUGAGGCGACAGCCGGCCAAGGUGCUUCAUGGCCGAGAGCCGGGUCCGAUCUCGGCGAUUGUCCAGUUUCCCGCCUUCAGCUUGGCGACGGGGCUGGGUCGGACGAAUUUUUCGCUCAGCUGGCCGAGGGAGCCGACGACGGCAGUGGACGAGGCGCUCAUGCUGCACGUCAGCUACCGUGUGUGCGCGGAUGGUGCGGCGAAGAUGGUGGUGGUCAGCGCGAUGGACGAACGCGGCGGCUCGAGCGAUGUGGAUGUGCUGGUGGGCGAUGCGGAGGGCUGGAUCGGCCAGGUGUGGCGGUAUGCGAUUGGCCAAGCGAGCCGUGCACGUCUCUCGUGGCGACUGGUGAUUUCCAGCACGGUGCCGAUGAGCCAGUCGGAGCAGCGCGCAUGGCAAUCGUGCGUCGAAGCGUACUUUACUCAGACGCAGGAUGGGAAGCUGGCGGUGGGGAGUGUGGUACUGCUGUGCGUGCGUCCGGAUGAGGCCGGUGCGAUUCUGGCCGAUGUUGGCGCGCGCACCAGGCCGUCGACCGAGCUGGGCCAGGUGGACAAGUCGAAGUCGGUCCUGAUGGAUGCGUCCGACUGUUCGCAGGUCCUGCAGUUUUCUGAACCGCUGCCGCUCGACUGGACCAUUCCAUUCGGCAGCACAGAGGAGAUGGCGAGCUCGACGGCGUCGGCGAUUCUCGUCCACAGACCGAGCAGUGCAGGUGGAAGGGAUAUGGCGAGUCAUGUACUUGGCGUCGAUGUGCUGCAGACGUGGAGGGAGAAGGAAGCGGUGAUGGCAGAUGUGCUGGCGAGCUUGCAUGCGCUCCGACUGGUGGCCGAGCAAAGACACCAGAUCACAGCACCGCCUGGGCUGCCCUGGGGCAUAGCGGCGGUCAACAUGCUUGCGCAGUUGAUCGGACGUGCGGUUGUGGUUGACUAG